UAAAAAUAAAUAGCGAGUGAAAAAUAACACAAACAAAAUAUGAACAAAUUCGCAACCUCAUUAACCUCAUCCGUACGAGAUCAAUUAAGACGAUGUCACUACCGUCGCUGUAUUUCGCAGUUAGCACAAGUACGCCAAACAACAUGUAAUGAACAAACGGAAUCCAUUACAAAUGGUGUCCCGAUCAUGCCAUCUUUCGACUACUCUCCUCCAAAAUAUGACGGUCCUACGGCCGAAGAUAUCCUUAAUAAACGUAAACAGUUCCUUAGUCCUUCCAUGUUUUGCUUCUACAAAAAACCUUUGAACGUGGUACAUGGGAAGAUGCAAUAUUUAUUUGAUGAGAAUGGGCGAAGAUAUGUUGAUGGUUUUGGAGGGAUUGCUACGGUGAGUUGUGGUCAUUGCCACCCGGAUGUGGUCCAAGCCAUUAUUAAGCAAACCACCACAUUACAACACUCCACCAUCCUCUACCUUAACCACUCCAUUGCUAAUUUUGCCGAAGCUCUUGCUGCAAAAAUGCCCGGGGAUCUUAAGGUCGUAUUUUUCACGAAUUCGGGUACAGAGGCAAACGAGCUAGCAAUGUUGAUUGCACGAUUAUAUACAGGUUGCCAAGACAUCAUAUCAUUAAGGAAUGCGUACCAUGGGAACGCAGCUGGAACAAUGGGCGCGACUGCACAAUCCAACUGGAAAUUUAAUAUUGUUCAGAAUGGGGUUCAUCACGCGAUAAAUCCAGACCCAUACAGAGGAGUAUUUGGGUGUGAUGGAGAAAAGUAUGCCAAAGAUGUUGAUGACUUGAUACAAUUUGGAACUUCUGGACAAGUUGCUGGUUUUAUUUUCGAAGCAAUUCAGGGCGUUGGUGGAAUUGUAGAAUUGGCCCCAAAUUACUUGCCUCCGGUUUAUAACAGUAUCAAGAGAGCAGGAGGGCUUGUGAUAGCUGACGAAGUCCAAUCAGGAUUUGCUCGAACUGGAACCAACUUUUGGGGAUUCCAAAACCAAGGAAUUGUGCCUGAUAUAGUCACAAUGGCUAAGGGUAUUGGAAAUGGAAUUCCUCUUGGUGCGGUAGUGACCACCCCAGAAAUUGCUAAAGUGUUAACUCGUCGAAGCUACUUCAACACAUUCGGGGGAAAUCCUGUGUGUACUGCUGCGGGCCAUGCUGUUCUUAAAGUUAUCGAGAGAGAAAAUCUUCAACAGAAUGCUCAUGUUGUUGGAUCUUAUUUGAAAGAUCGUCUCACUGCUCUCAAAGCUAAACACGAAAUUAUUGGGGACGUCCGAGGAAGAGGAUUAAUUCUUGGAGUUGAACUUGUGACUGAUCGCAAACUCAAAACUCCGGCCAAGACAGAGAUAUUGGAGAUUAUGGAGAUGAUGAAAGAUCUUGGAGUAUUAGUGGGCAAAGGUGGAUUUUAUGGAAAUGUUUUCAGAAUCACUCCACCACUAUGUUUCACCAAAGAAGAUGCAGAUUUUCUUGUGGAUGCUAUGGACUACUCGAUGUCAAAGCUAUGAAGGGACGUCGAUAACCAAAACGACGACUAGAAAGCAUCUUGUACAAAAACGUGUGCGCUACUAGAAACUUCUAGUAGCUUCUAUUAAGUAAGACAUAUCAACUGUCACCAUGAAUUUCCUAUAAUAAAAGUUUCUCCCAAUAAAGGAGAAUAUGUGUGAUUCAAAUGUGGGGCAAAUAAUUGAUAAAUUGUUGUAAGGGUCAACGACUCGUUGACUCUCUGUCCCUAAUAUUAUGUGUUUGUUAUGUUGGAAAAAUAUUUAUC